CUUAUGGGAAUAUAAACACAGCUAACUAACCAGCUAACUAGAGCACAUUUUGUUUGAUUUGAUCUCGUUAUUUUAUUUUAUUUCUCUUGCUUAAUCCUAGCUGACUACCCGUCGAGCGUUUGCUAUCGAACGCAUUGGACCCUUGUCAAUUUUGCCCUUGGAAGAAGGAAUUUGACAAGAGAUCUUCGACCAAAUCUUGUAUUGAACCGGUGUUUCACGCCAUUUCGAGUAGUGGUUUGCUUGCUUUUUCCCAAUCCCGGACCCCGACAAACGCUUGAAAGAUCCGUGGUAGUUGCAGCCUGUCUGCUCCAGUCCUGGUGAAAAAAAAUCCUGUUGGAGGAUCAAUGUGGUGAGGCGAGACAUCCACGGAAAUCCUUUAGGGUGUUGUCACCUUUACUCCCAUUGAGGGAGUUUCCGGGACCUCCGCGUAGCCGAGUGGGCACGAAUUGCUCUUUGUCGUACUAUGGAGGAAGAAAAUCUGUACUUCGCAGUGAGCACUGAGGCCCUUCUGCCGACUCCUGCCAGCUGCCGGAGUUCACGAACACCAAGCCCUUCCGGGAUCCAUAUGGCUCCAUCGCGGCCAGCCUUGAGGCGUGAUAACAUUACUAGAAAUGGCAGGCCAGAGGGCAAAGAGUUGCGGUGGACGAAUCCCGUUGGGGAUGCAUCAGAGAAUCCGCAAGAUAUCCUACCAGAUAGCGCAGAGGACUGCAGGCCACGAGCUCCCCAAAUACCACCUGCCGUCCAUCUGUCCUUUGAUACACCAACUUACAACGGAGAAUCUGCUGAGGAUCAUAAUGUGCAACGGAAAUUCGAGCGACGAUUGACCGGGUUUCCUUCCGACGUUGACGAAGAACCUCUACGGCAGACCAGUUCGGAACAACGAAAAAGCAGGGAACUGCAUUCCGCUUAUGAGAGAGCGCAGAAACUAGCUUCGAGAUUACGCAUGCCGUCGUUUGCUCGGAAAGCCCGUCCCAUGAAAUCUAAGGAUGACGGUGGAGGAAGCGGUGACGCAUUUAUCCCAGUUGAUCUCAACGAAAAGGAUGAUAGCUUGGAUGAACCGACACACCCAAUGAACUCAUCCCCGUCUAGCAUUACUGAAGCCCACAAUAUAGUUCGAAGAUUGAGUAGGCAUCGUUUGGACCCUUUGACUCACAACCGCCCUAUCGAUCUCCCCUCAGGCCAAGUCACUCCUUACGGAGAAAGGGAUCCGAACAACUACGUGGAGCCACGGUCGCAUUAUCGCGGUAGCAUAUUGUUCAAUCUACUCAAGCUUUACCAUAAUGGCGAGCAAGAAGGACGAGAGGAGAGUCAACAACUUUCGUCGUCGAGCCUGCCGUUGCACCAUUCUCCUCAGCAAUCCAUUUCUAUACCUAGCACGCCGCGCACAAAGAGCAAAUGGUACGACAAGUCGAAAAAUUUAUCCUCGAGUUCGCUCAGCACGCUGCUACCGGACGCACAAUCCCGUCGUUCUUCGGUGGACCAUGGGCUCAAACACUCCAGGAGUAGUAGCAUGCUUGCCUCUGCGGCAAAGAAACUCCUCCCUCGUCCCCGCCUUGAAGAUGAAAUUCGUAUUUCGGUGCAUAUCGCGGAGACUAUCUCACGCCAACGGUAUCUGAUGAAACUCUGCCAGGCGCUUAUGAAGUACGGUGCCCCGACCCAUCGACUCGAGGAGUAUAUGUGCAUGACGGCAAGAGUCUUGGAGAUCGAUGCUCAGUUCUUGUACGUCCCUGGGUGUAUGUUCUUUUCUUUCGGCGACUCUGCGACGCACACCACCGAGUUGAAGCUGUUGAAGUACCCCCCAGGACUCGAUCUGGGACGACUGGCCGAUGUACACGAAAUAUACAAGGAAGUGGUGCAUGAUGUUAUCGGGGUCGAGGAAGCCAUACAAACAUUAGACGAAAUCAACCGCCGGAAGGACAAAUAUAAUAAAUGGUGGCUCAUCUUCUUCUAUGGCUGUGCAUCUGCCUGUGUGGGACCUUUCGCCUUCGAAGCCGGCGCCUUGGAUAUGCCGAUAGCCUUCCUCUUGGGAUGCAUUCUUGGUGCACUGAAAUACCUUGUUGUCCCCCGCUCCCCGUUGUAUUCUAAUGUCUUUGAACUCACCGCUGCUAUGGUGACGUCUUUCCUCGCCCGUGCAUUCGGAAGCAUUCGGGCUGAUUCGGGUGAAUCCCGCCGCCUGUUUUGUUUCCCAGCCCUCGCUCAAUCUUCCAUUGCGCUUAUUCUUCCAGGAUACAUGGUGCUCUGCAGCAGCUUGGAGCUCCAGUCUCGGAACAUGCUCGCAGGCUCAGUGCGGCUGGUAUACUCCAUCAUUUACUCGCUGGUGCUGGGAUUCGGAAUGAUGCUGGGUACGUCCUUUUAUGGAAGCAUGGAUCCAUAUGCAACUUCUGCAUACGCCUGUCGUGGCGCAGCCCGCUUCGGCAAUAUAAACGAAUACGCACGAAAGUUUCCAUCUGUUAUCCUUUUCACACUUUGUUUGGUCAUGAUCAAUCAGGCGAAAUGGAAACAGGCUCCGGUCAUGAUCAUCAUCUCGUUUGCCGGAUACGUCGUCAAUUUCUUCUCCGUUAAACGGUUUGCGAAUAAUACGCAGAUCGCGAGCGUCCUAGGGGCCUUUGUCAUCGGCGUUAUGGGAAACCUGUAUAGUCGUUUGCGACAUGGGCUCGCUGCCGCCGCGAUAUUACCGGCGAUAUUCGUUCAGGUGCCGUCGGGCUUGGCCUCGAGUGGUUCGCUCCUGUCCAGCCUGGCUUUUGCGAAUGAAAUAAACCGCAACAAGACGGCCACGCAUAACGCGGAUAAGAAUUCGCUCGAUCCUAUCCUGCCAGUGAAUUUAACUGAGACGAGCAAGGGACUGCCGCAGUUGCUGGGGGCGAACAAGAUGUAUGGGAAUGUGGUGUUUGACUUGGCGUAUGGGAUGGUGCAGGUUAGCAUUGCAAUUACUGUUGGGUUGUUUCUGGCGGCGUUGGUCGUAUACCCUCUAGGGAAGAGGAGGAGCGGGCUGUUCAGUUUCUAGAUCUCCCUUGGCACUCGGUUUACUUGGGGGUUACAGGCGUUGCUUGGAAGUUUUCGGUGCCAGACGAACGCCAUUCGUCUGCCGGUCAUAAAAACACUUUCGUCUUUAUCCUCUCUUGUUUCUAUGUUAUGAAGUGAGCUUAUCUGUCUUUCGCACGGCUAUAUAUGCGGAGACUACUCCGUACAUACAUACGGAAUAUAGAAUUUUGAAUUAAUUAUAUAUUUACUUGGACAGAG